AUGUCCGGAAUCCCGACUGGUAAUCUUGCUGGAGGACCCGCUGGAGCUGGACUCCCGGGCACCGCGGCCAGAGUUCCUGGCCCCGGCACUGAUGCCAUGACCGGCAUUGUGGAUGACGACGGCAAGGAAGUCAAGGCCGCCGAGCUUCUUGCCAGAGAAGAAGCUCGUACCCGCAGGGCUACCCUCGCCCCUGCCAUCACCAAAGACACUGACGACGUCGAGUUGCGCAACAUCAUCAAUAUGCUUCGCAACAAGAUCAACGACCUUGAGACCGCUCAGUCAACUCCCGCCUCUUCCACCGUAAAGAGCACCAUCAAACUCAACGCUCCGCCCAAGUUCGACGGCACCAAGAAGGAAGACCUCCAGGGCUUCCUUACCCAAAUCCGCGCCAACCUCAGUUUCUCCCGCACCGUGGACCCUGUCCAACAAGUCUUGUAUGCAGCAUCGUACCUUACCGGCAAGGCUCUCGAGUGGUUUCAACCCACUCAAGCGGACUACCUCGCCCACAACGUUUGGAGCGAGAUGCACCCUGAGACUCAGAAGAUAUUCACCGACUUUGAGUAUUUCGAAAGCUCCAUCAACCAAGUCUUUGGCCUCGCCGACAAGGUUCGCCAGGCCGAAACUAAGCUGAACGAACUUCGCCAGACCAAGUCAGCCGCAUCUUACGCAGCUGAGUUCAGACAACUCGCCUUCCGCGUCGAUUGGAAUGACGAAGGCCUCAAGUAUCAGUUCUAUCGAGGACUGAAGAGCGACGUCACUGGUCUGCCUUCACUAUUUAAUGCUGCCAGAUCUCGCAACACCAGUUCAGAACUCUCCCGGUAA